AUUACCACUUCUCUUUUACUCUUCCUGGUUGAGUGUAGGUUUGAGGAGUACAAAAAGGUUUUGGCAAAGAGAAACUGUACUCCCCAAAUUCUACACAUUUGUGGACAGCAGUGAAGAAGAGCAUUUGCAACAAAGAAAUGUGUCUGGACCGUAAGCCUUUCAUCACUGUGCUGAAGCUCAUCUCCAUUGUGCUCUUGGCUGCUCUCAUCAUAGCAGUCAUUGUCAAAGGCACUGAGUUUCUUACAUCCCAAGAUUAUGAUCAGCAAAAGGAAAACAUUCACCAGAAACUGGAUCAGGUGAAGGCUGGACUAAAACACCUGUGCCGCCCUUGCCCCUGGCUGCUCUUCCAAGGGGACCAGAGCUUGUUCCAAAGAAACUGUUAUUUCUUCUCCAUAUCUAAAAAGAAUUGGAUGGAAUCUGUCAAGGCCUGCAAGUACAUGGGGGCACAACUAGUGGUCAUAAAAAGUAAUGAGGAGCAGAGCUUCCUGCAGGGGAUUUCUAAGAAGAAAGGCAAUUUCUGGAUGGGUCUGUCAUACAAUAACAAGGAAAGCAAGUGGCAGUGGGUGGAUGGCUCACCACUGCAAGGGAGGACCUAUUGGUCUGCAGGAGAACCCAAGAUGAGAGGAAAUAAAGAUUGUGCAAUACGUACAGAUUACGGAUGGAAUGCCCUCCCAUGUUCCCAUGAGUCACUCUGGAUCUGCAUGAAGCCUGCACUGCCCUGCCCUAAGUGAAUACUGUUCCCCUCCAUGGUCUCCAUACAGGGAUCUUCAUCAUCUAGUUGAAUUUUAGUUCAUUUUGUUUUUCUGUGGCACUUGGGUCUCAAAAUUCCAUCUGAGAUCUAUAUUUCCAGACACCUUGUCUUUACACACUCGGUCCACUCCUGUGUCCUCUCCUGGGUCAAUAAUUUACAUUGGGUGGGGUCAGGGUUUUGCCAUGUUCUGAGCUUUCUUCCAGGAUUGAAUUCUGGGUUGCUUAUCACUCCCCUCACUUGCUGUUCUCACUCUUCCUCCUGAGUGUGGAAGGAAGAGUGACCAGCCAUCCUCCUGCAUCUGUUGUCAUGCCGUUACUUCCUCCAGCUGUUGCUGUGCCUACAGCAACACCAAGAACUCCAUCUCUUUGGUAUCAUCAGCCAAAAUAAAUGGUUUCACCCA